AUGUAUCGCACCACCAAAACGUCACUGAAUCAAUCGAAAUUGUCUAAGUAUACUGACCAUAGCUCUGUGGUGGCUUUGCGCACCGAGGCAGACGACAAUCUCCCUCAAAUCUUCGCCAAACUCGGUUAUGACCAGGAUUUCUCGCUUGUAGACACCAAGUUGGCCCUUGGGUACCUGACUGUGGCAAUUGCUGGAUUUCUCUACUACUUAGAGAAGAACUACAAGUUUCAUGACACGAAAUUGGUCAUCGGAGGGGCCAUUUUUGUGUACUGUGUGAUUUGCGGUGUAAUGUUGUUCCUCUCUAAGGGAUCCCAGUAUAAAAAUAACAAGUACAUUGGCGUGAAAAACGGCAAGAAAAUUGCUGUUUUCACUCUGACGGAAUCUGCUUUCAGUCCGGUUUAUCAGGUGAAGGUUGUGUUCGGAGAGAACUAUGAGUCGCCGGUCGAGACAGAAAUUCCUUUUACCAAAGUGUUUGACAAUUUUGGGUUCUUGAAUGAAACUGAGUUCCAGGCGCAUUUGGAAAAACUUGUGGCGAAGAAGAACCAGUGA